AUGGACGGCCAGCCGCUCUCGCUCCAGGCCUUCCUCCAGCUCCUCACGGCCAGCAACCUCCCCAUCACACGCGCGAUGGCCGUCGCCGCAAAGAUAUACAAACAGCACAACACCCCCGCCCGCCUCGGCCGACUCACCAACCUCGAGCUCGCAAACCUCGGCAUCGCCGACAAGGACGAUCGCAAGCUCGUCCUCGCCGCCAUCGCCAAGGCCGGGUACCGCGCGCAAGCCGCAGGGCCGUCCAAGGUGCGUCUGGCGCGCGACCGAUAUCUCUCCUCGGGGCCUCACACACCCGCCGCGCCCCCGCCCAAAUCUCCCCCGCCGCGGCCCAAAAAGCGCCGCAAACGUGCACCCGCCGCCGAUCUCUCCACGAACGAGUUCCUCCCCGAGCGCUCCGCAGAGGACGCCACCGAGCUGAGCACCCUCGACUUCGACGAGCUCCUCGACGAAGCCGCCCUCGCCACCAAGUCCACCGUCGUCAACCGCGCCCCGAUCAUGAUGGCGUGGGCCUUCAUCGUCGCCGAGCGCCUCGGCUUCCAGCGCGCAGAAGCCCUCAGCAUCGCCUCCGUCUACACAGAAAUGAACGCCAUCUCCAAAGGCGUCGCCCUCAACAUAUUCCCCACCACCCAGCCCUACACCCUCGCCGCCGCCGACGCCUCCCCGCACGGCGCCCAGCCCUACGUCACCCUCCUCUCCCGCCGCGUCCCCCUCCUCCAAACCGCCGCGGGCACCUGGCGCGCCCUCGCCCUCUCCCCCUCCGCGCACGCGGGCCCCGCCCCGCCCGGCGCCGCGCACGCCUACAUCGCCCGCGCGCUCAAGCACACCGCCCCCGCGGUGCUCGGCGCGCUGCGCCUCCUCGCCGCGAGCUACGCGGACGCGGACGCCCUCAACCGCGACGGGUGGGCGCUCUACGCCGCCUUUCGGCCCGCGGUCGACGGCUGGGGCCAGCGCGGGGAGGUGCGGUGCGCGACGAUCUUGGGCCUCAGGAAG